CAUCAUCCCCAGUUGCUUGGACAGUUCCUAGCGUGUCUCUAUCUCUUCAUUAACUUUCUUGGCGUGUUGAGCAAUAAUCUUAACCACCUUGACUUGCUUAGCACAGUCCCAUCUAUCCAGCCUUCGUAAAGAUUCACUAAAACAAAGUAUCAUUUUUUUUUCAAGAAAAGAAAAUGGAUCACAAUGGAAGAGAUGAUGAUCGCAAAAAGGAGGACAAGAAAGAGGAGGAAAAUGGGUUGUCAGUGGAAAGGGUAUUUGAGAAUCAAGAAGUGCCUUCAUGGAGGAAUCAGCUGACAUUGAGGGCCUUUGUGGUCAGCUUUGUGUUGAGUAUUUUGUUCAGCUUCAUAGUUAUGAAGCUCAAUCUUACAACUGGUAUCAUACCUUCCCUCAAUGUCUCUGCUGGUCUUUUGGGGUUCUUUUUCAUCAAGACCUGGACAAAGUUUGUUGAAAGGUCUGGCCUUUUGAAGCAACCCUUUACCAGGCAAAAGAACACUGUUAUCCAGACUUGUGUGGUUGCCUCCUCUGGCAUUGCCUUUAGUGGAGGCUUUGGGAGCUACCUGUUUGGAAUGAGUGAAGCUGUGGCCAAACAAUCAACAGAACAUACUGAUGCCUUUAAAAAUCCAUCCCUUUCUUGGAUGAUCGGCUUUCUGUUUGUUGUCAGCUUUCUUGGACUCUUUUCAGUGGUGCCUCUCCGGAAGGUCAUGAUUGUUGACUUCAAAUUGACAUAUCCAAGUGGCACUGCGACUGCUUAUCUCAUCAACAGCUUUCACACUCCUGCAGGAGCCAAGCUAGCAAAGAGACAAGUGAAGGUCUUGGGCAAGUUCUUCUCAUUCAGCUUCUUGUGGGGUGUCUUUCAAUGGUUCUAUACUGCAGGAGAUGGUUGUGGAUUUGCUAGCUUUCCCUCACUCGGGCUUAAAGCAUAUGAAAACCAAUUCUUCUUUGAUUUCUCAGCAACAUAUGUUGGAGUUGGAAUGAUUUGCCCAUACAUCAUAAACGUAUCUGUAUUGCUUGGAGGAAUUAUUUCGUGGGGUCUCAUGUGGCCUUUGAUAGAUACAAAAAAGGGUGAUUGGUAUCCAGCAGACCUCAAAGCAUCCAGCCUACAUGGCCUCCAAGGUUACAAGGUAUUUAUUGCCAUUGCCUUGAUAUUGGGUGAUGGUCUGUACAACUUCUUCAAGGUGCUAAGCCGAACGCUUGCUGCCUUGUUUUUUCAACUUCGAGUGAGAAAUGCAACCAGUAAUCUCCCAAUUGCUGACCGUUCCUCUCCUGAGAGCUCCAAGAUCUCCUAUGAUGAGCAACAACGAACCCGACUGUUUCUGAAAGAUCAAAUCCCAACAUGGUUUUCUAUUGCAGGCUAUGUCACAAUUGCUGCCAUCUCUACCAUCACACUUCCACAUAUUUUUCAUGAACUCAAAUGGUAUUACAUACUGGUCAUCUACAUCUUUGCCCCAACCCUGGCAUUUUGUAAUGCUUAUGGAUGUGGCCUCACUGAUUGGUCCCUUGCAUCCACCUAUGGGAAGCUUGCUAUUUUUGUAAUUGGGGCAUGGGCUGGUGCCUCACAUGGUGGAGUUCUAGCAGGUCUAGCUGCCUGUGGAGUCAUGAUGAAUAUAGUCUCCACGGCUUCUGACCUCUCUCAAGAUUUCAAGACUGGUUAUCUAACCUUGUCCUCACCACGGUCUAUGUUUGUGAGCCAACUAAUUGGCACUGCAAUGGGUUGCAUAAUUUCCCCUAGCGUCUUUUGGCUCUUUUUCAAGGCCUUCAAGGAUCUUGGGACUACUGGAAGUCAAUACCCUGCUCCUUAUGCUACUGUGUAUCGAAACAUGGCUAUAUUGGGGGUAGAAGGCUUCUCGGCUCUACCAAAGAAUUGCCUGUAUCUUUGUUAUGGUUUCUUUGUUGCAGCAAUUCUGAUAAAUUUGAUCAAGGAUGCAUUGGGUAAGAAAUGGGCUAGGUUCAUUCCCAAUCCAAUGGCAAUGGCUAUACCUUUCUAUAUUGGCUCAUACUUUGCCAUCGACAUGUGUGUGGGAAGCUUGAUUCUAUUUAUCUGGGAAAAGAUUGACAAGGCAAAGGCAGAUGCUUUUGGGCCAGCAGUGGCUUCUGGUUUGAUUUGUGGGGAUGGGAUAUGGACUUUGCCUAGUUCAAUACUUGUUUUAGCAGGUGUAAAACCACCUAUUUGCAUGAAGUUUUUGUCAAGGGGAACAAAUAGCAAGGUUGAUGCAUUCUUAGGGUCAUAAAUCCAAGAUCUGAUCGACUUAAAUAGAAGCUGUGAAGUAAGUUGAACUGCUUCCUAGACUAAGGUUAUGAAGUUUGCAUAUCAAGUUCGAGUCUUCUAAUACUGUGAACACCUGCCAUUUUUUGGAGCCAAUUGCCUUUUUCAGUGUAGUCAUUCUGGAGAAGAAAAAGCUAAUGUUCAUUUGCUUAUACAUGCUUGUUAGUCAAUCCUUGGAAAUAUGCUUGUAGUAUUUUUUCCUUGUCAAGUUUGAAGAAGAUAGUGGAACAGAUGCAUCAAACAAUGUGAAAAUGGAAAAUUACAGUUUCCCUUGUAAACGUAAAUCAUAAUAUCGAAAGUGUGUGGAAAUGUUACAGGUUAAAGUCAUGUUGACUUUGAA